AUGGAAGGCGAUUUCUUUUAGCAAACAUUUCUAAAAUAUAUAAAGUAUAGACCAAGCAAGAAUAUAAAUGUGCAUUAGUAUUUAUUGAAGAAAUUAGAAGUUGAGUAAUUAAGUUAAAGUUAAUUAUUAAGCUUAAAAAAUAGUUUAGAUGAUUUUAUUCGUAAAUAUAAUUUUCAUAAUGAUGAAUGGAUUCUAAUUAGUCUAAUUGAAAAUUUAGCACAUUCAGACUUAUUAUUUUCAAGCGAUACUGAAAAAUAUAUUUUAAUUAUUAAGAAAAGAUUCUACCUCAAUUUACUGAAUAAACUUGAGAAUAAUAUUUCAAGUAAAUUUGAUCUUUAGGAGCUCUAGAAGUGUUUAAAGUCAUUUUACUUAAGCUAUAAAAAUAAUGUUUAUGAUUUGUUUUUAAAUGCUUCAAAUGAUAUUUAAAUAAUAAAGUAGAUAGAUAGCAACCUAGGAGAAAAAUUAAAAAAAAUUGAAAAGCAUGUAUCUGAGAUUUUAAAGAGGCUUAAAAGUAAUGAAUCGUAGUAAAUGUCUAUUAAUUAGAAUGAGUAGAACAUCUAAUAAAAUAAAGAAAAUAUUAAUGAAAUAACCAGUAGCAAUUAAUUAGAAAUUUUAUUAAAUUAAAUUUAUAAGUAAGAAAAGAUCAGUAUUUAGUUUAAUGAAGAAUUACUUAAUCAAGAAGUCAAUAUGGUAAAUUAAAUUGUGAGUGAGAUGAAUUUAAAUAAAAUUAUUGGGCUAUAAAAUGUGUAUGUUCAUCCGUAUGGGUCAGUUGUUAGUGGGUUUGGUUAGAAUGAUAGUGACAUUGAUAUAAGCAUAAAUACAGAUUGCUAUUUAGAUGAAAGAGUAUUUCUUUCUCUUAUUUAUGAUUUCAUGAAAAAUUAUUUGCAUAAAUAUAAAAUCAAAUAUUAAAAACUUGAAUUAAAAUUAGAUGCGCGUAUUCCUUUAAUAACUCUUGUUAAACAGAAAGAUAAUGUUAAUUUGAAAAGUAAUACAGUUUCAAUAGACAUAUGUAUAAAUAAUCUACUAGGAUGCGCAAAUUCAAAAAUGCUAAAAGUUAUAUCUUAGAUUCAUCCCUUAGUAAAGUAGCUAGGAAUAAUCAUUAAAUAUUGGGCGAAGUAGAAUGGUCUUAUAAGCAAAAAAACUCUUAGUUCAUAUGCAUUUAUCCUCAUAAUGAUCUGCUUUUUAUAGAGAAAGAAGCUAAUUGAUCCUUAUUUUUAAGAGAAAGUUUAAAAAAGAUAAAGUGAUCCAAAAUAUUCUACUUUGAUUAAGAGGACAAAGGAAACUGAUUAGGAAUUUUAAACAAACCUUUAUUAUGUGCAAGAUCCCUCGCAUUUACAGAAAUCUCUAAAAAAGUAUAAAGAAAACAAUCCAAACUAAAAAACUUUAUUAGACAUGAAUCUUGCAAGCUUAUUCAGUGAGUUUAUUGAAUAUUACUCAGACACCACUGAUGAGAAUAGAAGAUAUAUAGAUAUUAUGAAUAAUUAUAUAGUAAAAUCAUAUAAUAAAAAUUUAUUCUUUUAUAUUAUUGACCCAUUUGAUAAUUAUCAUAACCCAGGAGAAAGAAGCAGAGUAGAGAAUAUAGAUGAUAACAUAUUUAUAAAUAGAUUUAGGUUUGCUAAGUAAAAAUUGCAAGACAAACAAUAUUCGCAAAUAUUUGAAUUAAAAUUUCAAUGA